UGAACUGGUUACAGAGAGUCCACCAACUACGCUAGUGAACUUCACGGACGUGGCUGCAUUUCUGUCUGAUUUGGACAAAAUUUUGCAAAUGGAAGCUAUAGAUGCAGGCAUUGCAAGUCAAAUCAUUGGCAUGAUAAGCACCCUCCUCAAUGCCUCCCCUACUGUUCUUUCUUCAUUUUCCAAAAGACUAAUACAAAGUGUUGACACAAUUGGCCGGAAGCUGAAUUUCACAACUGAAUCAAUAAACAUCACCUCGUCCUCUUUGGCUCUGGCGGUAUCCAAGAUCAAUGCAACAGGCUUCAACGGAGCAGACUUCAGCAUCAGUGAUGUCACCAACCUGCAGGUUUCUCUGGAUGAAGCAGCCCCUGCAGAAACAUUUGCAGCAAUUAAACUUCCACCUUCUCUGCUGAGCAACUUGACAUCGGAGAAUCAUGAGCAAGCGUCAAGAGUACAAUUCACCUUCUACAAAAAACCAACACUCUUCCAGGAUCCCAGCCUGAAGAGAACAUCCUCCUUGAACAGUUACAUCAUCGCAUCCAGUGUUGCAAAUCUUAGCAUUGCUAAUCUGACAGAUCCAGUCCGAAUCACAUUCAGGAAUAUUGAGCCCACAAAGAAUGAUUUUAAGGUACAGUGUGUGUUCUGGGACUUCAGUAAAAACAGUGGUAGAGGCGGAUGGAAUUCAGAUGGUUGCAGAACAGAACAGAAAGCUUCUAAUGAGACAUCCUGUGAAUGUGACCAUCUCACGCACUUUGGCGUCUUGCUGGAUAUUUCCAGAGACAAAAUUGAUGAACAGAACAACCGGAUCCUUACUUUCAUUACAUAUAUUGGUUGCGGACUUUCCUCAGUUCUGUUGGCUGUAACCCUGGUUACCUAUCUCGCCUUUGAGAAACUCCGCAGGGACUAUCCCUCAAAAAUCCUAAUAAAUCUGUGUACUGCCCUAUUAUUUCUCAAUUUGACAUUCCUCAUUGAUUCAUGGAUUUCGGGCUUCAGCAUCAGGGGUCUCUGUAUUGCAGUGGCUGUGUUCCUCCAUUAUUUCCUGUUGGUUUCCUUCACAUGGAUGAGCCUUGAAGCUAUCCACAUGUACCUGGCUCUUGUUAAAGUAUUUAACACAUAUGUGCGCAAGUACAUGUUGAAAUUCUGCAUCAUCGGUUGGGGAACUCCCAGUAUUGUGAUUGCCAUCGUCCUCAUCAUAAGUCCAGACAACUAUGGACUUGGGCACUAUGACAAGACCGCCAACACGACCUCCGAUAUGUUCUGUUGGAUCAAUGACGACAUUGUGUUCUAUGUUGCUGCCGUAGCCUAUUUCUGUGUAAUGUUCCUCCUGAACAUCAGCAUGUUCAUUGUAGUGAUGAUUCAGUUCUGCCGAAUCAAAAAUCAGAAGCAACAUCAAAAUGCAGAAAGGAGUAUAUUACAAAACAUAAGAAGUGUCACUGGCCUCACCUUCUUACUGGGAAUCACCUGGGGAUUUGCCUUCUUUGCAUGGGCCCCAGUUAACAUUCCAUUUAUGUAUCUAUUUGCCAUCUUCAAUACAUUGCAAGGAACUUUUAUCUUCAUCUUUCACUGCUUGGUCAAAGAGAAUGUUCAGAAACAGUGGAGGAGGUAUCUGUGCUGUGGCAAGCUGAGGCUGGCUGAGAAUUCAGAUUGGAGCAAAACCGCAACAAAUAACACAAAGAAGUUGCAACCCGCGGUCCAGGCCAAGUCCUUGUCCUCGACGUUCAAUAACUCCUUACUGUAUCACUCCUCCUUAUUUCUGGUUCAGGAAUACUCCAGUCACCCCAAUGCCAAUGGUGCUAAGGCUUAAAGAUAUCACCUCACAGUACCACAAGCAUGAAGUUCUGCUGCUGCAACUGCGAUGUGGGGUGAGCUAUACACCAAAGAACUUCUGGUCAAUUGUAGUUCUAGAAGUGAGGCUUGGACUGCAAAAUAGACUCCACACAAGGCAACGUUCAGGCAUCCAUUCUUGAAUGUGGAAAAAGAUUUUAUAAGUAGCUUUAUAGAUGACAUAUCAGUAUUUAUCCAUCAUAUCAGAGACUUUCCAAAUAGGAUCUUCCUGGAUAUUGUUUGGAACUGUAAGAUACGUUCUCAAUCCUGGGAAGUACUUUGAAUUAAGACUUGAUCAUGUUUGAUUGUAGUAGCUUCAGAUUUUUAUGGUUAUGAAGGUUUUAUGGACGAUACUUGUGAACUAUUUAUAAAGUGUAGAAUGUUGCAGUUCAUACUAGUUGUAAUGAUAAUUUAUGCACAAG